AUGACCCAGGGGAAGAAGAAGAAAAGGGCCGCGAACCGCAGUAUCAUGCUGGCCAAAAAGAUCAUCAUUAAGGACGGAGGCACGCCUCAAGGAAUAGGUUCUCCUAGUGUUUAUCAUGCAGUUAUCGUCAUCUUUUUGGAGUUUUUCGCUUGGGGAUUAUUGACAGCACCCACCUUGGUGGUAUUACAUGAAACCUUCCCUAAACAUACAUUUCUGAUGAAUGGCCUAAUUCAAGGAGUAAAGGGUUUGUUGUCCUUCCUCAGUGCCCCUCUUAUUGGUGCUCUUUCUGAUGUUUGGGGCCGAAAAUCCUUCUUGCUGCUAACAGUAUUUUUCACGUGUGCCCCAAUUCCUUUAAUGAAAAUCAGCCCAUGGUGGUACUUUGCUGUUAUCUCUGUUUCUGGGGUUUUUGCAGUGACUUUCUCCGUGGUAUUUGCAUAUGUAGCAGAUAUAACCCAAGAACAUGAAAGAAGUAUGGCGUAUGGCCUGGUUUCGGCGACAUUCGCUGCAAGUUUGGUAACCAGCCCUGCAAUUGGCGCUUACCUUGGGCGAGUGUACGGGGACAGCUUGGUGGUGGUCCUGGCGACAGCGAUAGCUUUGCUAGAUAUUUGUUUUAUCCUGGUUGCCGUGCCGGAGUCUUUACCUGAGAAGAUGCGGCCUGCGUCGUGGGGAGCACCCAUUUCCUGGGAACAGGCUGACCCCUUUGCGUCCUUAAAAAAGGUUGGCCAAGACUCCAUUGUGCUGCUCAUCUGCAUUACCGUGUUUCUCUCCUACUUACCAGAGGCAGGCCAAUAUUCCAGCUUUUUUUUAUACCUCAGACAGAUAAUGAAAUUUUCACCAGAAAGUGUUGCAGCAUUUAUAGCAGUCCUUGGCAUUCUUUCUAUUAUUGCACAGACCAUAGUCUUGAGUUUACUUAUGAGGUCAAUUGGAAAUAAGAACACCAUUUUAUUGGGUCUGGGAUUUCAAAUAUUACAACUGGCAUGGUAUGGCUUCGGUUCAGAACCUUGGAUGAUGUGGGCUGCUGGGGCGGUGGCAGCCAUGUCCAGCAUCACCUUUCCCGCCGUCAGUGCACUGGUGUCACGAACUGCUGAUGCUGACCAACAAGGUGUCGUUCAAGGAAUGAUAACAGGAAUUCGAGGAUUAUGCAAUGGUCUGGGACCAGCUCUUUAUGGAUUUAUUUUCUACAUAUUCCAUGUGGAACUUAAAGAACUGCCAAUGACAGGAACAGACUUGGGAACAAACACAAGCCCACAGCACCACUUUGAACAGAAUUCCAUCAUCCCUGGCCCCCCCUUCCUCUUUGGAGCCUGUUCAGUACUGCUGGCUCUGCUUGUUGCCUUGUUUAUUCCGGAACAUACCAAUUUAAGCUUACGGUCCAGCAGCUGGAGAAAGCACUGUGGCGGCCACAGCCAUCCUCACAGCACACAAGCACCAGGAGAGGCCAAAGAGCCUUUACUCCAGGACACGAACGUGUGA